AUUUGUUAUUAUGGACGGUGUUGAUAAGUUUAAAGAAUUUGUGCAUUUGCAUGGCAAUCAAUUAACUAGCUCUGGUGUACCUGAACAUUUUUGGCAUACACUCAGCCGUAAGUUGGAGCAGCAAAUUUUCGAUGCCGGCAACGCUUUUCAACUGCUGAUGAUUGAAUAUAAUGAAGGUGAGAAGGAUCCAGAAGACCCAUUGUUUGCUGUUGUUGUCGCCAAACCAGCUGGAAUUAAAGCAUCGAACGCGCAAGAAAUUUAUAUUAUCGAUCAUGCUUGGACAUAUCGUUUAAACAAUGCGCGCACUCGGUUGAAACAAGUGCCGGCUCUGCUAAAUCGACUUGCCAAUAUGAUGGGAGCAUCUCAUCUCGACACUGAUGAUGCUAUUGAAUUUGUGAUGGAUGCAAUGUGGCGAUAUAAUCAAAUGUAUGCACUUGGCACGACAAACGAUACAGAUAUUCCCAUUGAAGACCGCAUGCCGAUUUGGUACAUCAUGGAUGAAUUGGGAUCUGCUGUGAACCACAGCGAUUCACCCAAUUUCCGCAUAGUACCGUUCAUGCAUUUACCGGAAGGUAUUACAUACAGCUUAUUGUUCCCAGUAAAAGAUGCACCCGAUGGCGAGCAAGUAACCAGAGACUUUGCAGAAGUCAACAAUACUGAUGCUGACAUUCGAAAUGCACUGCUUUUACCUUGGCGCUACACAAACUUCAAGGAUGUGGAUUUCAAACAAAGCGAACCUGAUCCAAAAUAUUUCCUCGAUGGACACAUCGAAGAAUCAUUACCGAUCGCAAGUGCCACAAGUCCGAAAAUUGAUCGAUUGCGUCCAUUGCGAGUAUUUACUACUUAUUCCAUGGUCCAACAACACUUGACGGAUCCAUUGUUUCAAGUCGUUGAUCAGGAGGAGGAAGCUGAUAUUCUAUGGCUUACUUCACAUUUUAAAAUCUAUCGGGAGUUUUCGGAACAUGCACCAAAUAAAUUUAUCAAUCAAUUUCCCUUCGAAAAUGUUAUAACAAUCAAGGAUUUGCUCGCAAUUGUUUGUCGCCGGACUGCCAGCAAAUACUGUGACGAAGAAACGCUGCAAACUUAUCCCAAAUGGUUACCAACAACAUACAAUCUGAAGACCGAAUUACUUCAAUUUGUCAGUUACAAUCAAGCGAGGGACGAAAAAGAGCUGGACAACCAUUGGAUCGUGAAACCUUGGAAUUUAGCACGAGGUCUUGAUACUUAUAUCAGCAAAAAUGUGGCUCAAAUCGUACGCCUUCAGCCAACCGGACCAAAAAUUGCCCAGAAAUAUAUUGAAAACCCGGUGCUUUUUGAUCGUGUUGAUAUUGGUGCUAAGGUCAAAUUCGAUGUACGUUAUGUAUUUUUGGUGAAAAGUACUGAACCACUGGAAGCGUAUAUUUAUACCAACUUCUUUCUACGAUUUGCAAAUAAGCCAUUCGGUUUGAAUCAAUUCGACGAAUAUGAAAAGCACUUCACGGUCAUGAACUAUGGAGAGCAUUUGCAGCUGUUGCAUUUGAAAUGUGCGGAUUUUCUAAAACUGUGGAUAGAACAAUAUCCAAAAUUCAAUUGGACAGAUAUUGAGAAUGACAUUCGACAAAUUUUGCAUGAAGUAUUGGUUGGAGCCACACAGAAAAAAGCACCAUGCGGCAUUGGUAAAUCACCACAAUCAAGAGCUCUGUACGCCGCAGAUAUCAUGUUGGAAUGGGAGGGUGACGGCGAUGAAAAACGUAUUCAACCAAAACUAUUAGAAAUCAACUUUUUGCCCGACUGCAAGCGGGCUUGCGAAUAUUACCCAGAAUUCUUUAAUGACAUUUUUAAAUUGUUAUUCUUGGAUGUACCCAACGAACAAAUGUUCCGUAGCUUAAAAUUAUAAACCCAAACAAUAUCACUAAUUAAACUCAAGUUGCUAUCACUUUGAAGUUUUUUUUUCUCACUAAAUAGAAGUUGAAAACGGCUGGUAUCUUUAAAAAUCAAGUCAAUUGACUUUCUCGUUGCAAAAAUUGGCCUGAUUAUAGACUAUGAAAUAAUUACGACAUAAUUUCCACGUUAGAUGUGUGAUUUCUCUCACUUUAUUACUUCAAAAAAACAUAUUACACACAUAGUUGAAAAUAAAUUCACAUCAAAAUACUUUGUAUUUUAAUUUUUAUUGUAAUUGAUAUCAGCUAUUUGGGUUAUAUCAUGAAAUAAUUCGCAUUGAUUUGUCUCAUUCGUAAAUAGCAAUCCAUUAAUGGAAUUUUUCAAGUUUUUUUUUAUGAUAAUAAUCUCUAAAAUUAAAUUUACAAUAAUCACUAAUAAAAUAAGAUAUUUUUUUGUUUCCAUA